GUCGGAGGCUUCGUCCGAUGUGACGUCGUGUUGGAGGCGUUGGCCGGUCGGUGUCACUGAGAGACUGAGAAGAAGAAGAGAAGAAGACGUCCUUUGAGAUCAUUGUUUGGAGUAACUGUAGUCAGAUAGUCUGAAGCUAACUCUACCUCCUCUAUCUGUAACGCCAUUAAGUCAUUUUAAGCUAGAGAAAUGAUAAAGAACGGUCACCACGCCGCGGAGCAGCGGGCUGAGUCCGGCUGCAGUCAGCCGGGAGGCUCGGUCUGCAGCCCGGAGAAGAGGAAGCGCGUCGUCCGGCUGUGGUGUGACGGCUGUUAUGACAUGGUUCACUACGGUCACUCUAACCAGCUGCGGCAGGCCAAAGCCAUGGGAGAUUACCUCAUAGUUGGAGUGCAUACAGAUGCUGAGAUUUCCAAGCACAAGGGUCCUCCGGUCUUCACUCAGGAAGAACGCUACAAGAUGGUACGGGCCAUCAAGUGGGUGGAUGAGAUAGUAGAAGGAGCGCCUUACGUCACCACCCUGGAGACUUUGGAUGAGUACAACUGUGACUUCUGUGUGCACGGAGAUGACAUCACGCUGACGGUAGAUGGUAAGGACACAUAUGAAGAGGUAAAGCGUGAAGGCCGCUACCGGGAAUGUAGACGCACACAGGGCGUCUCCACCACUGACCUGGUGGGACGAAUGCUUCUCAUGACCAAAACCCAUCACAGCAACAUGGAUAACCCAGAUUACCAGCAGCAUACAGACAACUUUGGAAAAGGUCCUAAAGGCAACAGUCCGUGGACAGGAGUGUCGCAGUUCCUCCAGACAUCCCAGAAGAUCAUCCAGUUUGCCUCAGGAAAGGAGCCUCAGCCCGGAGACACCAUCAUCUACGUGGCCGGGGCAUUCGACCUCUUCCACAUUGGCCACGUUGACUUCUUAGAGAUGGUCUAUAAGCAGGCGGAGAGGCCCUACGUCAUCGUGGGUCUGCACUUUGACCAGGAAGUGAAUCGAUACAAGGGGAAGAACUAUCCAAUCAUGAACAUCCAUGAGAGGACGCUGAGUGUCCUGGCCUGUCGGUACGUGUCAGAGGUGGUGAUUGGUGCUCCCUACGCAGUGGGCAAAGACCUGCUGGAUCAUUUUAAGGUGGACCUGGUGUGCCAUGGCAAGACGGAGGUGUUUCCAGACAAGGAUACGCUAGACCCCUACGCUGAGCCUAAGAAGAGGGGGGUUUUCAGGACCAUCGAUAGUGGGAACAAUCUCACCACUGAUGACAUUGUCCAGAGGAUCAUUGAAAACAGGCUGCAGUUUGAAGCCAGGAACCAGAAGAAGGAGGCCAAGGAGAUCGCAGUGAUCGAGGCGAUGAAGAAGAAAGAGCAGCAGGAGCAGAGUGAAGAUGCAGCCCAGGCCGCUCACUAGUGAGACCUCAGACCUGGUUCUGUGUCUGAUUUACUCAUCCUGGUAAACUCAGCUUUAAGGAAGUGGACUCAACUGACCGAGACGGACGGUCCAUGUUGUCCUAAACUGGACCUGGCUGGGUGAAACGAGCUGACAGGGGCCAGUCCGUCCCCACUUGUCCACUGGAUGCAGAAUCCUGCUUUAAAUAUUUGGCGAGGCAGCGUGUCUCACACGCUGCUGGGUUAGCUUCUCUCAGCCUUCAUCUAUACAGACUACUCCAGCAUAAUGCUAUCAGACCUGCCUUGACAAGAACACAAAGAAUCCAAACACAUAUUUAACCUACAAAAUCCCUUUUUAACCUCUCGUCCUCCACAGAGAACUUUUUAAUGAUGUCUUCUGUCAUGUCUUGUUUUUGUCCAUGAAAUCACACACCAUGUGUUCCUAUAUAGGUGAAGAAGUAGUAUGAUACAUUUGAAAUAAGCCAUAACUUGAAAUGUUAACGAUAACGUCAGUUACGGUUUUAGCUUUUAAACCAUGUUAGUUUUUAAUGGUCAGUUGGUAAUGUUGAAUGUGGUCUAUUUUUUAAUAUACUGAGAAAACAUUGAUUUAUUGUAAUUAUAGUAGUCACUAUGUUUUUAUCUAACCUGAAAAAAACAUUAUUAGUACGUUAAAUGAUCUGUGGAGUAGUCUUUUUAUUAUAACUGCCUGAUUUUGCACCGUGCGUGUGUGUGUGUUUGAGAGAGUGAGAGAGUGUAAGUGAGAGAGAGUUGAGUGAGGUUAGUGAUUGCGUGUUUGCGCUGUAAAUGACAGUAAUGUCGUGCCUCAUUCCUAAAGCUAUAACUAAUUUAAGGGCUCUGAAUUGUAUCAGAAAGUCUAAACUGUGUCUCUACAGCUGUCGGUAAAGUUGUCCUUCUCUCCUAAGUCUACUUUCAAGAAACUAGUGUGUCCUCUUUUCUCUUUUUUUGCAAGAAAAUCAAAGAACUUAAGAAUGUGGGACCGAUUAUCACUGUCAAGUUGCUUCUGCAAACGUUUGUAGAUGGCUGAAGGUUACAGACUGUUGCUUUUCAUGUUGUUAUAUGUGGCAUAUUACUGUAAUUAAUUGUUAAUGGUGCGAGACAGUGUGUGUGGUUGAUGGCAGGCUGGGAAAUAAAUAUGUUUCUAAAUAUUAGAUGGUGGGAAUUUUCACAACCUUCCAAUCACUAUAUUGUAAAUUUCCCUUUUAAUAAAUCAACUGGUAAAAUGGCAAA